UUAUCUCCUUGGAACAGUGUUGUUUUAUUAUUUCUGGUGGUUACUUAGUUAUGCGAGCUGCUAAGUGCCUGGGAGGAUGUUACUUGAAAAUUCGAUGUUGAUCACUCUUCACCGGUGGUCGUCUGGUGUGCCAUGCCAAGCUGCAACCUAUCGACCGGUGAAACCGAAUGGGCGGAGGCAUGAUGCGCGCUACGAUUUCUGUACUAGAGCCAUAUGCAAGUCGAACUCAAUCCAAUUGGACGUCUUACACAGAGCCGAUUCUAGAGUUCUCAAGAUUACUGUAAGUAGAGUAUCUCUUUCCCUCUGAUUUCUGCUAGUUUAGGCUUCGUCUUAGAUGCAUGUUGCUCCUCUGGAGGUCAUCGUUUUCUAUGUUCGGCUAUGUAUUAAUCCCCAUGCUAAACCAGCAAUUUCAAACCGAUGUCUGCCUCAAACCUGGAACAGGGAACCACUGCUGCGCAUUAUGCCAUCCUGAUCGGUAUCAAUCGCUAUCCCAAGGAUUCGCUGAAAGGCUGUGUGCGGGACGUGCAUGAACUCAAGAAACGCCUGGAAUCUAGCUCGAAAGCCGUCGAUAUCCGCGUUUUCACCGCGAGCGAAGGGGAGACAUCGAGUGUUCUCCCAGUGAGAGCUCCAAAUCUCCUGCCGACGUACGGGAAUAUAACAACCUCCUUCGAGCAGAUCACAUCUUCAGCAAAGUCUGGCGAUUUCGUGUACAUACACUACUCUGGACACGGAACCACAAUUUCUCAAAUCAACAACUUGCCGAAUGAUAGUCCUCACGAUCUUGCAUUAGUUUUGAUUGAGCUCAAUCCUACAUUCCAGCCCAGAUACUUCCAUGGCUUGGACUUGGCAAGUCGAAUCAAGCGUAUGGUGGAAAAAGGAGUGACGGUAACUCUUGUCCUGGACUGCUGUUUCUCUGGUAACGCAGUUCGAACGGACGCCCGGGCACGGUAUUUGGACUAUGAUCCUGCAGUGGAUGCAGCCUAUCCUUGGAGCCCUGUCACAAGACCAAACGCGGAAAAUGACCCAUCAGCCUCAACCUACCGUGCAGGUUCGAUGCGUCCCAAUUGGUUGGUGAACCCUAAUCGAUAUACUAUCCUUACCGCAUGCGGUCCGACCGAGAUAGCUAAAGAGAUCACCCUUGGUAAGGAUGGUCUAAGCCACGGUGCACUAUCUUAUUUCCUAUUGCGGACAUUCCACAAACUUGGUGGCGUUGGGGGGCGGCAGGAGCACAUCUAUCACCACCUACGUGCAAGAUUCAAAGGAUUCGAGAAGAGUCGCAUGAAUAUACAGAACCCAGUGUUCUAUGGAAACAAGAAUCUCUGCUUCUUCGGUAGUGUUGACUUAGAGAACCGACCAGCGCCCGUCCCAAUCAUUAGAAGAGCGAACGGUACAUUGGAGCUCGAGGCAGGAGAGGCUCAUGGCAUCUCUAAAGGCGACGGAUUCAUUUUAUGUCCUUUGGAUCACGCUACACAUGAUUCCGUUCCAGAUACCGACGCAAUUCCCGCUACAAUCAAAACAGUUGGGGCGCUUGUGUCCCAGCUGGAAACAGAUAUGGCAGAUGCCCAGUGCCUUCACAUCGAAACAGGGUGGAUAGCAACACAGGUCACCUCCCUAGCGCUUCGAAAAUUUCCUGUGCGGCUACAAUCCGAUCUCGCAUAUCCUGCCGAAAGGGGAUCUGCUCUUCAAGAUUUGAACUCGCUCAACCUCCAAAGCUUUGACGCGGAGCUAGCACAAUCACCAUCUUUCACAAUCAAGAGUGAGAGCGACGGUACAUGUUCGAUCUAUGACGAAGACAGCCAUGACAUUACACAGUUGCAUUUUAAAAACUCGGAUCUACAAGGCGCUAAAAUGCACAUAUUAGCCGUGCUUGAACACAUGGCCAGAUUCAAGUUGGUACGAAGUCUCGCCAAUAAAACGUUGCUAGACCCCGGACACCCUUUCACGACUGCAUUCGAUGUCUGUUUAACAAACCAAGCCGGUAUAUCCCGUCGGCCAGGCUGCCUACAAGAAGGAUGGCUACACCAUGGUGAUUGGAUCGAGUUCGCAGCAACCAACACGGCUAAAGGCUAUGACAACCUAUAUCUCCACAUCUACAACACAGACUCUUGCUGGGCUGUGGAGAAUCUCCUAAAAGCUAACCAUGUGGUACUUCCGAGCUACCGAGGA